GUAAUUUUAAAGUUGUGAACUUCCCGACCAAAUAAACACAAAAGCGUCUUGUUCUGCUCCGCCGUCACCGCUAAACCCCGAAGCUAACCUUAAACCCAGUCUAAUCAACUCUCCUGCUUUAGCUGAGCUACAGAGAGAGAGAGAUAAAGAGAGAGGGAAGGAUGAAGUACCCGAAAGGUGGAGGCUUUAAGAGAGGCGGUAAAAAGGGUUCGAAUGACAGGGAUCCAUUCUUCGAGCAAGAGACCAAGAAACGCAGGAAAGUCGGUUACGAUGACGACGAAGACAUCGAGUCUAUCGACUCCGACGCCGAAGAGAACGGCUUUGCGGAAGAUAAGAGAGAAGCUAACGAAGCCGAGGACGAAGACGAGUUCGCCGACGAGACGGCGGGAGAGAAACGGAAGAGGCUAGCUGAGGCGUUGCUGAAACGAACCAGAGAAGCAAGGCGGAGAGAGCUUGAAGAACGUGACGACGAGGAAGAUGAUGAUGAUGAUAUUGUCAAGACGUUGAUGAAGAAGCAGCUCGAGGAGACUGGUAGGGUUCGAAGAGCAAUCGCAUCGAGUGUUCAGGAGCCGGUUAGUAGCGAUGGGUUUCGUGUGAUUGUCAAGCACCGACAUUCUGUUGUGUCGGUUGCUCUGUCUGAUGACGACGCUAGAGGCUUCUCAGCUUCCAAAGACGGUACUAUUCUCCAUUGGGAUGUAUCCUCUGGGGAGAGGGAGAUAUACAAAUGGCCGAGUGAUGAGACUCUGAAGUCUCAUGGGAUGAAAGUGAGGGAGCCUCGGAAUAAGAAACACAGCAGAGUGACUCUUGCUUUAGCUGCUAGCUCCGACGGUCGUUACUUGGCGACUGGUGGAGUUGAUCGUCAUGUUCAUAUAUGGGACGUGCGGACCAGAGAACAUGUCCAGGCCUUUCCAGGUCACAGGAACACAGUUUCUUGUCUGUGUUUCAGACACGGUUCCACGGAGCUCUAUUCUGGUUCUUUUGAUCGAAGUGUCAAGGCGUGGAAUGUAGAAGAUAGAGCUUUUGUACAAGACAGUUUUGGACACCAGGGUGAAGUCCUAGCCAUUGAUGCGCUAAGGAAGGAUCGUGCGAUUUCUGUUGGAAGAGACAGAACCAUGCAAUUACACAAGAUGUCUGAGCAAGCUCGUGUCGUCUACCGUGCACCUGCAUCGUCUCUUGAGAGCUGCUGUUACAUCAGUGAUACGGAGUACCUGUCUGGUUCGGAUAACGGAACUGUUGCACUCUGGGGCAUGUUGAAAAAGAAACCGGUGUUUCUCCUCAAGAAUGCACAUUCCGUUGUAGCUGAUGGAAUCACUACCAUUAAUGCAGAAAAUGGUGAUGAUGAUCUUGUGGAGUAUAAUAACUCAUGCACAUCAAGUUCUUGGGUAAGUUCGGUUGCUGUAUGUAGAGGUAGUGAUCUAGCUGCAUCUGGAGCUGGUAAUGGUUUUGUGCAUUUGAUGGCUGUUGAAGCAAGUGCCAUUCGACCUUUAUUCAAGCUUCCUUUGUCUGGAUACGUGAACUCUAUGGCUUUUGCAAAAUCCGGAAAGUUUCUGAUUGCCGGUGUUGGACAGGAAACGAGAUUUGGAAGAUGGGGAUGCUUAAAGUCUGCGCAGAAUGGCGUUGCAAUACAUCCCUUAAGGCUGUCAUAAGGAUAUUAUCACAUUUUUGAGUUGCUAGAAGCCAAAAUUGAUCUCAAGUUAUAUGUAAAGACUUUCAACUCUUCAUGUUUUUACUCCCUUUUUUGUUUGUUCUAUUGUACUCAUUUCGGUUUUUUAAUAGAAGAGAGCGAAGAACAUUAACGAUC